AUGAUAAUAUUUCGGCCGACUCGACAUCUUCCUAAAGGAGAUAGAGAAAUAUCCCCUGUUCGCAAAAAGAUUACAUAUGUCGUACUCUCCGUGUUUUCUGCUACGACGAUGUUGCCGCGAAUAAGCAGAGGUGCACCGUUCCUACGACGCUCCUUUGCGACCCAAAUCUCGCAAGUGGUCAAAGACUGCAGCUCGAUAACGCCUCCCUAUGCCGCUCUUCUGCAGAAGCUUGACCAUGUCCGAAAGGUCCUUGACAGACCAUUGACUCUGGCCGAGAAGAUCCUCUAUAGCCAUAUAAUUGACCCAGAAGCGUCGCUUUCAGGCGGCGGGAGAAUACGGGGAGAGGCCUACCUGCAGCUACAACCAGAACGCGUCGCGAUGCAAGAUGCCUCUGCCCAAAUGGCUUUAUUACAAUUCAUGAGUGCAGGACUUGCGCAGACUGCCGUUCCCUCCAGCAUCCAUUGUGAUCAUCUUAUUCAAGCGGCAGAAGGUGCAGAAUCUGAUCUCAAGCGCUCUAUUGUGACCAACCAAGAGGUCUUUGACUUCCUGGAGAGUGCUGCUCGGAAAUAUGGAAUUGAAUUCUGGCGGCCGGGUUCGGGAAUUAUCCACCAAAUUGUGCUCGAGAACUACGCCGCUCCGGGGAUGCUCAUGCUUGGAACAGACUCGCACACUCCAAAUGCUGGUGGGCUCGGAAUGUUUGCAAUCGGAGUUGGUGGUGCGGACGCGGUUGAUGCUAUGACUGGAACGCCCUGGGAACUCAAGGCCCCAAAUGUCAUAGGAAUUCACCUGACCGGAAAACUGAAUGGUUGGGCAACGACCAAGGAUCUCAUCCUCUAUCUUGCUGGGAAAUUGACUGUGAGAGGAGGAACUGGAAGCAUUCUCGAAUAUUUCGGAACGGGAGUCGAAGAACAAUCAUGCACCGGUUUGGCAACUAUCGCGAACAUGGGAGCUGAAGUUGGGGCCACCACUUCAACCUUCCCAUACUCAUCCAACAUGCAUGCGUACCUGCAAGCUACUGGACGCUCUCCAGUAGCGGCGGCGGCGGACGUCGCAGCGGCAAAAGGAUUCUUGAGUGCAGAUAAAGGAGCAGAAUAUGACGAUGUGAUUGAAAUUAACUUAUCGGAGCUGGAGCCAACUGUCAACGGCCCGUUUACUCCUGACCUCGCCACUCCAAUCUCGCAAUUCGGCAAGUUUGUUCAACAGCAAGGGUGGAAGGACGAAUUCUCUGCAGCGCUCAUUGGAUCGUGUACAAAUAGUUCUUAUGAGGACAUGACAAAAGUGGCGGAUUUGGCACGCCAGGCGAAAGAAGCUGGACUGACCACCAAGGUUCCCUUCUUGUGCACGCCAGGGUCUGAGCAAAUACGUGCCACUAUCGAACGGGAUAACGUCACGUCUACGUUAGAAAGUGUUGGAGCCGUUGUCCUCGCCAACGCUUGUGGCCCUUGCAUAGGACAAUGGAGGCGAACCGAUAAGAAGGGUAAAGAGAAUGCAAUUUUGACGAGUUUCAACCGUAACUUCAAGUCACGGAAUGACGGCAACAGUCAAACAAUGAAUUUUUUGGCCUCACCAACCAUCGUAACUGCUAUGGCGUUCUCUGGAAAGCUCUCAUUCAAUCCUCAAACAGACAGCUUGAAUCUGCCGUCCGGCAAGCCCUUUAAAUUUGCCCCUCCUUCUGGUCAAGAUCUACCGUCUGCGGGAUUCACACAAGGAGAUCGCACAUACUAUCCUGAACCAAGUCCCAAACCUGAACCAGAGAUGGAGAUCGUGAUCAAGAGCGACUCUCAGCGACUGGAACUCCUCGAGCCUUUCUCAAGUCACUUUGGACCCUCGAACUCAAGGGGCCUUGAAUUGCCUUCUUUGAAGGUGCUCCUACGCGUUCGCGGCAAAUGCACAACUGAUCACAUCUCUGCUGCCGGCCCCUGGUUGAAAUACAAAGGACAUCUGACAAACAUAUCUGAGAACUUGUUAAUCACUGCUAUAAACGACGAAGGAGGGGAGAUGAAUGUCGCCUUCGAUAGAGAUAAUAACACCACUGGCACAAUCCCUGAGAUUGCAAAGCAGUUUAAGGCCAGAGAACAGCCGUGGGCCUUGAUCGUGGACGACAACUAUGGCGAAGGUAGCGCCAGGGAGCACGCAGCCCUUCAACCUCGUUUCUACGGUUGCGCUAUGAUUUUGGCAAGAUCUUUUGCUCGGAUUCAUGAAACUAAUCUGAAGAAACAAGGGGUUUUGCCCCUAUGGUUUGUCGACAAGGCGGAUUACUCCAAAAUUGGAUCUGGCGACGUGCUUGAGACCAUUGGUUUGGCUGACGCCUUUGAAGGCAAACCCAAUGCAUCAAUCAAGGUCAAGGUUACGAAACUCGAUGGGGUAACAUUUGAGAUCCCGACCAGACACACGAUGUCGGUUGACCAACUGAAGUGGUUACGGGCGGGAUCCGCUCUUAAUCACAUCCGUUCAACCAAAAUAUAG